AUCAAAUUGCUGUUGCCAAGUCUCGCGAGCUUUCUCUUAAACAGUUCAUUAUAAUGUCACCACAGUCCAAUUUGCAAGCAUUAAAGAAGCAGCUGAACACUGCCUUUUGCUGAAGUAUUAAAGAUCUUGGAUCUUAAAAAAAAAAACCACACUUUGGCAUCUCUGUAAUACGAAACGGGGAAACAUGAUAUACCCAAAUGGAACAUGCACUCUCAUGUGGCUUCUUGUGCUGUACAUGUUCGUCAAGAAGGUGGUCCCUCAAGAUGACACCGUUGUUGCUACUAAGAGUGGAAGAGUCAAAGGAUUGACUUUGCCUGUGCUUGGUGGAACAGUUUCAGCCUUCCUCGGGAUUCCUUAUGGAGCUCCACCUGUUGGGCGACUUCGAUUCAAAAAGCCCCAGCCUCGGGAAGAAUGGGGAGGGGUCUGGAAUGCCACCAAGUAUGCAAACUCUUGCUAUCAGAACAUAGACAAUACUUUCCCUGGAUUUUCAGGAUCCGAGAUGUGGAACCCAAACACAAACCUCAGUGAAGAUUGCCUCUACCUCAAUGUGUGGGUUCCUUCACCCAAGCCUAAAAAUGCAACUGUCAUGGUAUGGAUCUAUGGUGGUGGCUUCCAGACUGGGACCUCCUCCUUGAAUGUCUAUGAUGGCAGAUUCCUGGCCCGUGUUGAGAGAGUCAUCGUUGUUUCAAUGAAUUAUAGGUUAGGGGCAUUAGGAUUCUUGGCUUUGCCAGGGAAUGAAGAUGCUCCAGGAAAUGCAGGGUUGUUUGAUCAACGGCUGGCACUUCAGUGGGUCCAAGACAACAUAGCAGCUUUCGGUGGCAAUCCUAAAAGUGUGACAUUGUUUGGAGAGAGUGCUGGAGCAGGAGGUGUCAGCUACCAUCUCCUUUCUCCACAAAGCCAUCCUCUCUUCACUAGGGCAAUCAUGCAGAGCGGUGCUGGAAAUGCCCCUUGGGGUGCACUUCUACCCUCUGAAGCAACACGGAGAACUCUAGCUCUAGCUAAACUCCUCCACUGUACGAGUAGCAAUGAAACAGAGAUAAUUAUUUGUCUUCAGAGCAAAGAUCCCCAGGAUAUACUUGCUAAUGAAGUGUCUGUUUUACCAUACAGGGCUCUUUUAGAGCUGUACUUCACUCCAGUGGUUGAUGGCGAUUUUCUUGCCGAUCUUCCUGGAACCUUGUUGAAGAAUGGGAAAUUUAAACAAACACAGAUCUUGUUGGGGGUGAACAAAGAUGAAGGUACAGCUUUCCUUGUCUACGGAGCACCUGGCUUCAGCAAAGAUAACAACAGCCUUAUCAAUGAAACAGAAUUCCGAGCAGGCUUGGCACUAUCCUUCCCAGAAACAAGUGAAGUGGGAUUGGAAUCUAUUGCUUUUCACUAUACGGACUGGGAGGAAGAGCAGAACCCUUUCAAUUAUCGUGAUGCUAUGGAUGAUAUCGUUGGAGAUUACAAUUUCAUAUGUCCUACCGUGGAGUUUGUAAAACAUUUUGUCGAGGCACAGAACAACGCUUUCUUAUACUUCUUUGAGCACCGAUCUACUAAACUACCUUGGCCAGAGUGGAUGGGAGUACCACAUGGCUAUGAAAUAGAAUUUGUAUUUGGACUACCUCUAGAAAGAAGAGCUAAUUACACCAAAGCGGAGGAAACUCUGAGUAGGUCUAUUCUGAAGUACUGGGCAAGUUUUGCUAAAACUGGCUUUCAAACUAAUUAGGAGCAUCUUCAUGGUCUAAAAAGGAGGACUCUACUUCUAGUCAUAAACAGCGCAAUUUAUCGAUCUUCUCCAAUAGACUAGCAAAGGUGGUGCGCAGUUCAACAAAGAUGCAUGGUUAUAUCUAAAGUAAGUUCACUAUCUCAGAGAACUGACAAAGGUUUACUGCAAAAUCCAGCUACAAUGGAUAAGGACAUCUGAUGUGCUUGUUGUGAUUUAAAUUAAAUAAAAGCAAAACUAAAUUGCUAUUUUAAAAAAUCUUAAAGAAUCUGAAAGGGAAGAAAUAAUAGAAAUGACAAGGAUAGAAGAACAAAAAAAAAUAAAGUAUUUGGGUGUAUGGAUAACAGCAAAAAUAUAAACAUUUUUAAAGAUAAUUAUGAAAGAUUUUAGCAGGAAAUUAAAAGAAAUUUGGAAAUAUGGAAUAGGAUGAAACUCUCUUUAUUGGGAAGAAUUGCAACUGUAAAAAUGAAUGUACUUCCAAGGAUGUUAUUUCUCUUUCAAAGUAUUCCUGUAAUAACGGGGAAUGCAUGCUUCAAAGAAUGGCAGAGAGAGAUCUCAAGAUUUGUCUGGAAUGGGAAAAAACCAAGGAUAAAAAAUAAUAUGAAGGAAAGAGACAGAUUCUCACUUCCAGACUUAAUAUUGUACUAUGAAGCUGCAUCCCUAAUAUGGAUCCGGGAUUGGAUCAAGUUAGAUAGGGAGGAAAUAACAGAAUUGGAAGGACAUGACAAUAGGUUCAGAUGGCAUGCUUAUUUAUAGUAUGGAAAAAAAAAUACACAAAGGGUUUCACAAUCAUAUAAUAAGGGAGAUCACUGUUCAGAGUGUGGGAAAAGUAUAAAGAUAAGUAUAUAGAAAAUAUAUAGAACCUAAGACACCUUGGUGGUUAUCACCUAUUGAGGCAUUGUCACUUAAAACAUUGGGGGGGGGGAGGGAGAACAGCCAACAUAUAGACUUAUUGGUAGAACAAGAAGGAAAAUUAAAAUUGAAAGAAUAUGAAGAAAUAAAGGAACAUCUUCAAAGUUGGUUGUACCAUAGACAGCUAACGGAUAUAUUUAAAGAGGACAAUAUGAAAGGUUUUUCAUAUUCGGUUUCCAAAUUCCAAAAGGAAGUGAUAGAAGAAAAUUCAAAACUAUUAAAAAAGGCAUAAAAUAUCCUUUUGGAGUGGAAAACUAAAGAUGAAGAAGUAAAAUUGGCAAUGAUUAAAUGGACACAAGAUAUAAGCCACAAUAUACAAUCUGAAGAUUGCAUAAAAUUGUGGGAAGUAAAUUUGAAAUUUAAGGAUUGUAUAUUGUUGAGAGAGAAUUACAUGAAGAUGAUGUAUAGAUGGUACAUAUCACCGGUCAAAUUGGCAAAAAUGUAUAAAAAUGUAAAGAAAGAGUGUUGGAGGUGUGAGGCUGAAGGUACUUUUUACCAUAUGUGGUGGGAUUGCAAAAUUGUAAAACUGUAUUGGGAAAUGAUAUAUAAUGAAUUGAAGAAAAUGUUGAAAAUAACAUUUGUUAAACAACCAGAAGCCUUCCUGUUAGGCAUUUUAGGUCAAGAUCGGCUGAAAGAGAAGAGGACACUAUUUAUGUAUGCUACUACGGCAGCGAGAAUUCUGAUAGUACAAAAAUGGAAGACUGGAGAAAUACCAACUAAAGAACAAUGGCAAGAGAAAUUGAUGAACUAUCCAGAACUGGCAAAAAUGACGGACAGAGAAAAAGACAACAGUGAAUUUGAAAAAGAGUGGGAACCAUUUCUAAUAUACUUGCAGAAACAAAGGAAGAAUAUUGACAUGAUGGCAGGAUUUAAAUAAACAUUCACAUCUUUACUAACAAAUAACAUUUAAAAUGAUAAGGAAAUAAUAUAGUGGACUUUUAGGAAACAGCAGUAUGUAAUAAGGGGGAAACACACCAGAAAUGGAAGUUGGGGGAAGCCCAGGAGGGGAGGGAAGAGGUGAUGUAAUAUAAAUGUUAUUGAUAUGAGAUGUAUGUAAUAAUAGAAAAAGAAAAGUGAAUAAAAAUUUAAUGGAAAAAAUAUAUAUUCCAGGACAGUUCACCUAUUCUGUUGGUGUCUGGAGUGCCCAGGAAAGGUCUAUGGCUUGCUUGUAUCUGAAGGUGACAAGGACUGGUAAUCUUCCUUUUCUUAAGGUGUCAAGAACAUGCCGCCGCUAUAGUUUAUUAAUAUCUCUCUGUUGCGCCAGUAGCUUAGUGGGCAGGUUUUCUUUGGAUGGAGCCUUAUGGGAGAAGCUUUUUGGACACAAGUGUUGCACUACAAUGUACUUGAACAUUGUUAUUAUUGAAUAAAAGUAGUUAUAUCUUUUCACUUUUCUCCUGAAGCACAUGGCAUGCUUAACUCAAGGGUAGGCAAUAUGGUACCCUCAGUACGGUAUGGGACUCCAACUCUUAUCAGCGCCAGACAGCAUGGCCAAUGCUCAGGGAUGUUGAGAGAUGUGAUUAGCAUAUGAAGGGCCACAACAUUGGCUCCCCCUGGUUUAAAUGUUACACUGACUUACGUCAACAUCAUUUUCCUCGGUGAAAUGGGUUCUCAGUGAAUUGUAACAAAAAAGAGGACUUGCAAACUUGUGAAAGUUGUUUGUAGAGAUUAAAAAUUAAGCUGACUGCCUUUUUGCCUGUGAAUGAUAAGCUAUCUAUAACAAUGUGGCUUUUAAUAAAAAAAAGUUAAUGUCUGCUUACAAUGUGCUUCCAGUUUGCAUUAGUCAUAUUAGUGCAAAAACGAUAAUGGUAAAAAAAAAAAAAAUUAAUAAUUAUGGAAGUUUUCCUUCCCAAGUAAAGAUUUCCACUAAGGUUACUUUGUUGGACCAAAAAGUAUUUAUCUGUCAGCAGCAAAUCUAUGAAAGUCAGCUGCCAAUAAACAGUUUCUUAUGGAAUUAGUGGCUAAUAAGCAAUUGCUUACAAAUGUAAUGUUUAUUAAAAAGCAACCUUUAAAGGCAGUUUUACUGCCUCUGCAGAGUUUUCAGUGUCCCAAAGGUCUCAUAUUGAUCCCCCACUAGCAUAAUGCCAGACUAAUGCUAUUAACUGAGAUUUUUCUAACUUGUAAAGUUGGAGAGAUAGACUUGUCUUUUGAUGGAAUAUGACCCUGCAUGAAUGGAGCACAGCAAAUACGGAGAGAUUACUAAAUAUAAAAUAUAUUCAAUAGCUCCAUAUCUAAAAAUAUUUAAUCUCUGUAAACAUGACAUCCAGAUGAGAUUUGAGAUUAUUUCUAUCUCAAAUCUGAGGGUAAAUAAAUUGACAUGCAAAUCAAAGAACAGAUGGAAGAUAAAUAUUGGUGGGAAUUCAGACGAAAUCUUGGACAAUGUGUUGCAUUUAGAGUUGCAAAAUCUACAUUUAAAUUCAUCGAGGCAGAUGUCAGAUGUAUCCAGGUAUUCUUGACUGAGAAGGACUGGACAUCAGUAAGAAGACAGGCAGGUGUAGGAUGGAUGAGGGGAGAUUGCUGUCCCAUUAGAACAGACCAGCCUGCACUGAACAUGCAUAAAAGCUCUGUUAUAAGUUCUGCAGUGUUUUUGGUGAAUCUGAUAAGUGGGAAUUUCUGUGUAUCUCCUGUUAAAGUAAUAAGUAUUCUCUAGCAAUGCAAGUAAUAUACAUAUAUCUCAAAGUCUCAUGUGACAAGGCAUUAUAUUAAACACAUGAUGUUUUCAAUCACUUCCUACAAAGUGAUAUCUGCAUCCACAAGCAUAGCCCCCUUCCCACCUGUAAAGUACAAUUUGGAAUGUCAUGACUUGCUUCAUAGCGCAGGAGUGCUUAAAUGAAUUCUGACAGUGCUAUUAGUGUCCUGAUCUUGAACUGAAGUACUAGUCAGCUCUGCUUAAGUCACUAUUCUCAGGAGCCACAAAUAAACAUGCAAUUAAAUGGGUGCCAUAAGUUAAUCAGAGCAGAAUUAGCAAAGAAGUGGGCAACUGAGGAACCUAGGAAUUGCCAUGCCAGAUCAGAUUAAGGGAUAUUUUAGACUAAAAGCUUGACUUCACUAGUGUCUGUCCAGUGGGCUUUCAGGAAGAGUUAAAUGCCCGGAAUGUAGUAACUAAAAGCAGAGCUUAUGAAACGACCCAUGAGUUAUAGUUGGACCUUGAUGCUAGUUUGCUAUAGUUACUGCUCCCUUCUCUCCAUACAUGUCUCUCUCUUCUAUGUGUAUCUGUAUGAAAGUGAGGAGGAUUCUAGUAAUUAUCUGGACUAGAAGACAUGAAUUCCAUUACAUUUAUCAGUCACUUUAUGCAACAAAAAGUCUCAAAGUGACUUGACAAGGUAAAACGCAACACAUAAAAAGAACUUGGAACCAUAACAGUUUGAAACACCGAACAAUACAAAAUGCAUAAAAAGUCCUACCCAACCCAUUAAAAUGUCCAGUCAUGAAAACUAUGUGACUGUGCUGUUCAAGAUCGUAAUGGAGACCCCAUUGUCAGUCAUGCUUGUCAUAGUGGCUUUCACCAUCAGGUAGAGCUUUGCUUAGCAAAGGGAAUGAGUGUAGAUUAGGGCAACCAAGAUGAUCAAGGAUCUGGAAACCAAGCCUUAUGAGGAACAGUUGAAGGAGCUGGGUAUCUUUAGCCUGUAAAAGAGGAGACUGAGAAGAGAAAUGAUAGCCAUCUUCAAAUAUAUUUAGGGCUAUCAUAUGGAGGAUGGAGCAAGCUUGUUUUCUCCUGCUCUGGAGGGUAGGACUCAAACCAAUGACUUCAAGUUACAAGAAAGGAGAUUCUGACUAAACAUCAGAAAGAACUUUCUGAUUGUCAGAGCUAUGUGACAGUGGAAUGGUCUCCUUUGGGAGGUCGUGGACUUUCCUUCCUUGGGGUUUUAAAAGCAGAGGUUGAAUGGCCAUCUGUCUUGGAUGCUUUUGUUGAGAUUCCAGCAUUGCAGGGGGUUGGACUAGAUGACCCUUGGAGGUCCUUUCCAACUCUAUGAUUCUUUGAUUUGAUGAAUGGUUAGCACUGGCAACAGUCCAUGCCAGUUUUGAUUGGGACCCAAACUUUGGAUGGGGUGUGUGUGUGUAAAGACAUGGGAUUGGUCUUAGGGUGGGCAAAAUAUGUGCAUACUUAUUCUUGAGCCUGCCCUCCCUCCACAGCCUGACAUUCACCAGCUUCACUGAUUGCAACAGCAGGAGGAGCAAGGAAAGUUGCUUCCCAUUGCUACAUCUGGGUAGUCACUUCACAGAGUUGAGAUAUUCCAGGCAUCCAGCCAGUGGCCUGUAGCAAGAACAGCUGGUGUUCUUUUCAUUUUUGCAUUGGCUGGUUGUUUACCUGUUUAACACAUUUAGCUGUAGCAUCCUUUGCUGUUUUAAAACAGCAAUAUGACUACCCAGCCCAUGUACAAAUCGAACGAUCUGUUUCCAACAGCCUCCUGCAAAAGUGAUUUUUCCUUAGAUGAACAUGAACCUUAAACCCACUUCUCUUUCCUCGAGGCCUUCCAGCUGCUGAACGUAGCAUACAUUAACAACCAUGCCACUUAGGAGAUUCCCCCCCCCUCUAAAGCACACUCUGAAGUAAACAUUUGCAGUCCAGUACUCUUUCCUAAAAUGGCCACUCUUGACCUCUACUUCAGUGGUGGUAAACAAACUGAAACUCCCACUGUCUUCAGAAAGAGUUAGCUUUCCCUCGCUGGUUUUCCUGGCUGGAGACCAUGGGAAAGGAGGACCAAUUACUCUUCUCAGCCCUUGCACUUUUCAAUUCUUUUAUUGCCUUCUUCCUCUCUGAGUGUUGUUUAAAUAAUCAUUCAUGGCAUUUUGUAAACCUCUUUUAAGAAAAGCUUUUGUAGCUUUUCCCUUGCUUUGGAGAAUUUGCUUUGCGAUUUCUUUGCUGUGCACAAGCUUGGACAGAGCCCUCUCUGGAGAGAUGGCUGAUAAUCAUGAAUAGAAGUCAACAAAAAAGAACUCUGCUCCUUCUUCCUAUUGAUUCAUGCUGAUACCCAGCUGCUUAAUUGAUGAUGAGAUGGGAAACUGCCCCAUUGAGGGUGCUGAUGUGGUGGUUAGAGUGCUAGACUAGGGUCUGGGAGACAGGGGUUCAAAUCCCCACUCAGCCGUAAAGCUUACCAGAUGACUUUGGGCCAUCUUUCAGCCUAAUCUAUGGAGAGGGGGAGUAGUGUGUAAGUCACCAAGAGCUCCUUGCAGAAACAGCAACAGCAACAGCAGCAACAACAACAACAACAAUUUAUUUAUACCCGCCCAUCUGGCUGGGUUUCCCCAGCCACUCUGGGCAGCUUCCAACAAAAUAUUAAUAUAGAGUAAUCCAUCAAACAUUAAAAGCUUGCCUAAACAGGGCUGUCUUCAGAUGUCUUCUAAAAGUCUGGUAGUUGUUGUUCUGUUUGACAUCUGGUGGAAGGGCGUUCCAGAGGGCAGGUGCCACUACCGAGAAGGCCCUCUGCCUGUUUCCCUGUAACUUGGCUUCUCGUAAUAAUGUAAUAACAAACAAACAAACAAACAUAAUAACAAACAAACAGAUCAGGCUAUUGGUACCCUAUCACUGGGAGCAACUCUCCAAGAUGUCAUGUAACGCAAAACUAUCUAAGUUGCACUCUCUGAAAUGAUAUGCAAACUGAAAGGCAAUUAUCCUUCAAAAUUCACAGUUCUCAGAAUUUUGCAGUGCAGUUCUCCAGCCUACUAAUGGGUACCAAAAUCCACCUACAGUCUUAAGGCAAAGGAUACAUAGAAAUGCAUACAUUUGUACCUGAUCUCAUUUUAGCUGGAGACUAAACCUGGGGCCGUUAGCAUGUGAUAUGUGUCUUCUACAACUGAGCUACAUAGAGCAAACAUGCAGCAGAUCACAUCAGUAAUUCCUGUUCCCACUUGUGCCUGCUCACUUGACUGGUUCAACACAUGUAUGGAACCUAUAUGUGUUCCUUUUGCACAUACAUCAACACUAUACAGCCCAGCCUUCCCCAACACGGUGUCCUCCAUUUGCUUUGGACACACCCAUCAAGCUUCAGCCAGCUUGGAAAAUAAGCUGGCAGGAGUUGUCAGACAACAGCAUGUGGAAGACACCAGGUUGAAGAAGGCUGGUACAAACAGUCUAGAGCAGAGGGGAAAAAUUUGUGGCCCUCUAGAUACUGUUGGUCAGCCAACCUCCAUCAGCUCUAAUCAGCAUGGCCAAUGGUCAAGGAUGAUGGCAGAUGCAGUCCUGCAACAUCUGGAUGCUUCAUUGGUUUUCCAGUCCUGGUCUAGAGAGCAUGCAUAAUUAAGGGCUGUGAUCCUACAUGCCCUAUACGUUGUUGUUGUUGUUGUUUAGCCGUUUAGUCGUGUCCGACUCUUCGUGACCCCAUGGACCAGAGCCCGCCAGGCACUCCUGUCUUCCACUGCCUCCCACAGUUUGGUCAGACUCAUGUUGGUAGCUUCAAGAACACUGUCCAACCAUCUCGUCUUCUGUCAUCCCCUUCUCCUAGUGCCCUCCAUCUUUCCCAACAUCAGGGUCUUUUCCAGGGAGUCUUCUCUUCUCAUGAGGUGGCCAAAGUAUUGGAGCCUCAGCUUCACAAUCUGUCCUUCCAGUGAGCACUCAGGGCUGAUUUCCUUCAGAAUGGAUAGGUUUGAUCUUCUAGCAGUCCAUGGGACUCUCAAGAGUCUCCUCUAGCACCAUAAUAGAUUCACCUUUUGCUCUUACAUUGUCACUCAAGUGCUGAACGAUCCCUUAAUGUGCAUGCCUGUGGAUGGAAGGAUUUCUUUAGCUAGAAACUUUCUUUCUUUAGCUAGGAACAAGAAGAAGGAACCAGUCCACCCCCCCCCCCGCCAGAUGCAAUGAUCCUGCAAGUCCCAACAUCACCCACCCCUACAUUACUGUAUCUUGUCCAAGAUAAUCAAUUCCAAUAUAUGACAGCACUUCAUUUCUGCACAUCAUCUCACAUUAAUCAUUUUGAACCAUAGAAAGAUGCCUUUUUCCCCAUUAGGAAACUCAUUCUUUCUCCAGCAUACUUUAAUCAGGAUACAAUUUUCAUUCAUUUCACCCAUAUAGGCUCAUAUCUUUGCAGAAACGUCUACCUUAAAAAAAUAAAUAUAAUAUUCUUGCAUAUUUGAAUAAGGCAUUAGCAUUCUUAUUAAGAACUUUGGGCAAUCCAGGCUAGUGAAUUUAUUGUGCUUAAUGUUAUCCAUGAGAUUGCAUUUCCUCGCUGACCUCUUGGGCUCAUCCAUGGAACUGAUGAGCAGUGAUUUUAUUACUGUAUGCAUAUUCCUCUAUUCUUAAUUAAACUUUUUCCUUCUUCCAAAUUCCCAUUUAAAGUUUGGGGAUGUUGAUAUUUAUUCCUAUCUAGUUUCAAAAGUACUGGUGUAAUUCCAUGCAACCCUACCAAUCUUUGAAAUAAAAUAACUUUUCAGCAGUAUAAUUUUAAACUACUGAUGUGCACAGGUAAUUUCCCAUGAGGGAUCUAAU